GCCUCUCAGCCUCAGAGCCAGGCGGCCAGGGCAGCUGCAGGGCACGGAGUCCCUUUCUCCUCUGCGCUCCGCCGGCUGCAGUGGGGACCCGGGCCCGCUGGCCAGCCGGGUGCCAUCCUCAGCAUCAAUUGGAGCUCUGGGCUCUUGCGGGGACCAUCCCAGGCCACAGCCCAGCUGCCUGCCUUCCUGCUGCUCCUGCUGGGGGAUGGAAACCCGGACCCCGGCCGCCGCCCAGGGCAGGGCCCUCUGGGCUCUCCUACUGGCCACACUUGGCACCACAGCCAGCCAGCCACUGCGGGGAGAUUCCGUGUGUACGGCCCGGCCUCUGGCCAAGUACAGCAUCACCUUCACGGGCAAGUGGAGCCAGACGGCCUUUCCCAAGCAGUACCCACUGUUCCGGCCGCCCGCGCAAUGGUCUUCCCUGCUGGGGGCAGCGCACAGCUCCGACUACAGCAUGUGGCGGGAGAACCAGUACGCCAGCAAUGGGCUGCGGGACUUCGCGGAGCGGGGCGAGGCCUGGGCCCUGAUGAAGGAGAUCGAGGCGGCCGGAGAGAAGCUCCAGAGCGUGCACGAGGUGUUCUCGGCACCCGCCGUGCCCAGCGGCAUGGGGCACACCUCCUCGGAGUUCGAGGUGCACGCUCGGCACUCACUGGUGUCCUUUGUGGUCCGGAUUGUCCCCAGCCCCGACUGGUUUGUGGGCGUCGACAGUCUGGACCUGUGUGAUGGGAACCGCUGGAGAGAGCAGGUCACCGUGGACCUUUACCCUCACGACGCGGGGACAGACAGCGGCUUCACCUUCUCCUCCCCCAACUUCGCGACCAUCCCGCAGGACACAGUGACCGAGAUAACCUCCUCCUCUCCCAGCCACCCGGCAAACUCCUUCUACUACCCACGGCUGAAGGCCCUGCCCCCCAUCGCCAGGGUGACCCUGGUGCGUCUCCGGCAGAGCCCCAGGGCCUUCGUGCCUCCUGCCAUAGACCUGGCCGGCAGGGGCAACGAGAUCGGGGACGGCCUCUCGGGUCCCUUCUGUGCUUGGUCCAGUUCCAGAAACGCCGCUGGACUGCGAGGUCUCCCUCUGGUCAUCCUGGGGGCUGUGCGAAGGUCUGUGCGGGAAGCUGGGAGCCAAGACCAGGACUCGCUAUGUCCGCGUGCAGCCUGCCAACCAUGGGGCGCCCUGCCCCGAGCUUGAAGAGGAGGCCGAGUGCGUCCCUGACAACUGUGUGUGAGCCACGGGCCCAGUCGCUUGGGUUGGGGCCACUCAGCGAGCAGGCCGAGCGCAGCUUCAUCACCUCUGAGCCGCACUGCUGACCGACGCUCUGCACAGCGUGCCCGCGGGCCGGAGGGGCAUCAGGAGCAGGCGUCUCCUUUCUGCAAGUUCUCCCUCGUGGCCCCACAUCCUAAGGUCCGCUCGUGUGGAGACGCACACGUCUGCUCUAACCCAUGUCCGGUGUGUGUGCCACCGUGCGGCCAUGGUCCUCCGUGCAGAGGACGUGUGCACAAUGCCUGGCUGGGUGCCCUGCAGGACAGCCACCCGCCCCAGGCCCAGGAGCCCGAGCCGCAUGUGCUGGCUGUGAAAUACCUCGGUCCUGGAGCAAGGCUGCCCGGGCACUGGCUGCUCCUGGCAUCCAAGCAGUGACGCCACAGGAGAUAAAAAGGGGGUCAGGCUGGGGUACCUCACCUGGCAUUGUCACAUGACUGAUCUUGCACUUGA